AUGCUUGCAGGUGCUGGCUUCGAGGAGACAGACUUUGCAGUCUUCCGGUUCACCCUUGGCAUUCCGGGAUUUGAUGAUGCGCUGAUUCCCAGAGUGGUGGGCUUCAUUGGAGCAGCUCUGCUCAUUGUGAACCACCUCCUUGAUCAGGGCGAAGCCACCAGCGCUCAGACCAGGACAGAGGUGUUGGGCAGUCUGCUGUCAGCAGUAUGUAUCGCGACGCCGAACAUCGGCAGUCGCCUUCAGGAGGCGCAACCCGGGCGCGGCAGGAUUGCCAAAAGCUCGCAGACACCGUCAGACUCCACUCAGAUAUUCCAGAUUGCCGAUGACACCAGCGACAGGUGUAAGACGGAGCUUGCAUGGGCUUCGUAUGCGCUCCUGCGCAACACAAACAGCAGGGGCAUGAUUGUGGCGGAUAGGGGGAAGCUUUGGCUUGCGAGGGGAGCUGUGGGCCCAGCGGCUGUGCAUGGCAACACUCCUGCUUCCCUCCUAGAUGCCAGCAGGGCAGCUGCGAAGAUGAGCACCCCAGACGGUCCAUUAUUCAAGGUACUUGCAGACAGAGAGUCUGUGUAUCUGCCAGACCAGGCGUCAAUUGGGAAGGCUGGAGCGAACAGCUGGUCUCUACUGCCUGAAAACUCGGGGAGCCUUCUCAUCCAGGCAUUACGGCCCCUCCCUGCUGACGUCCAGCCGGGAGACAGAAGCAGCGUGGAAGGAGACAGUGGAUCUCAGACAGAAGACACGUCGGAACAAGUGGUGCUUGUUCUCCUCGCCACAGCUGUGUGCUAUGACGCGCAGCUCAUUGGCAAGUCUGGUGGCCAUGGUCCCCUGGGGACUCAGCCCUGCUGGGUGCCUGGUGUGCCAAUGUCCAGAUGGGGAACUCUCGCGCAUGAGAUACCAGGCUGCAACGUCACAGAAUUCAAGGCAGAGCAAGCUGCCGCAGCCGCCCUGCUUGGGCGCAAACUCAAGGGCGCUGCUUCACUCCUGCUGCCUCUCGAAGGCUAG